AUGGAGAAGCGCAAUGUGUCGACGUUUAUUGCACAGCUCCAAGAUUUAAGCUCGCCAAUUGGACAGGCACAUGGUAAAAAUGCCUUAGCACUGUCAGAGGAGCUACUUGCGAUCCAGUGCAUCUAUGGCGACGAAGCAUUCGAAUUACAGGAAUCCACUGGACGGAACGGAACAGAUUUUGUGCUACAGAUUCCCCUUGAUACCGACGAACAAGCUGAGAUUCUUCGCUUGCUUAUUGCGCUUCCACCACACUACCCACAUUCGCAAGAACCGCCGCGACUGGCGCUGAUUGACCGAGGCCUUGGCACAUUUACAGCGGACCAAGACGUGAAGAGUUUCAUCGAUACUAUAUUUACGCAGAAGGGAAGCGUUCGGUGGACUUCUGGGGAGCCUAUUUUGUUUGAAGGUAUUGAGGCUGCUCUUGAAUACGUGCGUGGUUGGCUACACGAGAGAAAAAAUGACGAGGCGGGGCUACGUGUUACGCCCACCGCAACCGAAAACAACAUUGCAGUACAGUUUGACCGGGAUGUAAAUCUUGGCACAGUGGACCCGUCCAGACUGGUGAGCAGCGAAUUGAUUACGGCACGCAAAUCUGAAUUUUUGGGCCACGCUGCAGCACUCAACAGCCCUGACGAAGUUCCCGCCUUUUUAAAACUUGUGCUUGCGUCCGACAAGCGGGUUCAGCGUGCAGCGCACCCUAUCAUUCAUGCGUGGACAGCGACGACGAUGGCGAAACGGCUGCUGGAGGCCGACUCGCACACCUUCUCUCACUACUGGCAAGUAACUGCGUUUGCUGACAUCCAGGGCAUCGAGAGCGGAAUAGUCAUUGUAACGCGGUGGUUUGGCGGUGUCUUAUUGGGCCCCGAUCGUUUUAAGCAUAUUAAUCGCGCUGCGCGCGAUGCUUUAGUGAAAGCCGGCCUUCUUGGACACGUCGAGCACAGCCGUGAAGCAGAUCGUAGUGUUAUUCAGUCCUUUCUCACUACAACGUUCUUUGCGAUGAUGGUGUCGAAACUUUCGUUUUGGCCGGUGCUGUUAGCCGCAGCGCUUUUGCAUUUUGUGUCUGCUCAGUUUGGCGAGCCGGCAGGAAUGCGCCACCAUAUUUAUGCACUGUCCAAGCGCUCUAUCACGUCGAAAAAGGACGAUGUUGACGGCAAGACAUUCGACUAUGUCAUUAUCGGUGGCGGUCAGGCUGGCUUGACUGUUGCUUCUCGCUUAACCGAAGACCCUAGCACCAAUGUAGUGGUCAUUGAGGCUGGCAGCUCUGGUCUUAGCCCAUCGGAUGCACCGCUGAUCAACAGUCCCGCUGGUAAUGUGUACACGAGUCCAGGCGCCACGGAUAUGAACUGGAACUGGACGACCGUGAGCCAAGCACAUGUGGAUAACAAACAGCUUCCUUGGCCGCGUGGCAAAGUGUUGGGUGGUAGCAGCUCUAUCAACGGCCUCUACUACAUUCGCAGCACUAAGAAUCAUCAAAAGAUUUGGACGGAUCUUGCUGGCAAAGGAGCGGCAAGUGUAUGGGGCUGGGAUAAGCUCUUUGCAGCCAUGAAGAAGUCGGAACACUUUUAUCCUCCUACCGAAGAGGCACGCACCGUCGGUGACAUUCACUGGCAACCCAACGACCACGGCACGGAUGGCCCUGUCGCUGUUUCCUGGCCUGCCGUUUCUUACGCUCCCGUGGGCGCUUUUAUUGAUGCUGCUGGCCAAUUGUCUGCGCCACCUUCGGAUGCCUCUUAUGGUGGCUCUUCGGGUGGUACCUUUGUUGCCACUUCGUCGAUCGACCCUACCAACUGGACGAGGAGCGACGCGCGUGCUGCCUACAUUGAUCCCAACGUUGGCCGCCCUAAUUUGGUCAUUUUGACGAACUACAUGGUUUCGAAGAUCAACUUUGACACGUCGAACAAGACCAGCGUCAAGGCCACUAGUGUCAGUUUCCAAAAGAAGAAGGGUGGCAAGACGUAUCAGGUCAAUGCUUCUCGCGAAGUGAUUCUUUCUGCUGGUGCCGUAAAUACCCCUCAAAUCUUGCAGGUUUCUGGUGUGGCGGACAAGGGCCUGCUUAAUGCGAACAAUGUGCCUGUCGUCGUGGAUUUGCCUGGUGUUGGCUACAACCUGCAUGACCACUUGGCUGGCGGUGUCGAAUGGUCUCCGAAAAAUGUGUCUGACGUUGCACCGGGCAAGCUCACGGGUGAUCCCAAGGUCGACUCGUUUGUCAACUCUGCCACAUCUUAUGCCAACACGUCUACGCUUAUGAAGAAGUCUAUGCAGAGCCUAUUGGACUCGGUGCGCAAGAAUCAGACUGCCGCCGUCAGUGCGUACGAUGCGCCGGAUGCUGUCAAGCAGGGUUACAAUGCCACCUACGGUGCCUUGGCACAAAAUGUGUUGGGCACUGAUAUCGGUAUUAUGGAGAUUCUCUUUGCCAUGGUGUUUGAAAAAGUCCAGGUUGAGGCAGCACUUCAAUCGCCGCUCUCCCGUGGCUCGAUCAAAAUUCAGUCGGCAGACAUCUUUGAUGCUCCUCUUAUUGACCCAAAUUACUUUGAGCAGUCUUCUGACUUGACCGUGCUUCGUGAAGGCUUCAAGCUUGCACGUGCUGUCGGCAAUCAAGCACCGCUGAAAGACUACCUCGACCAGGAGGAGAAGCCUGGCAGUAGCGUGACCAGCGACGAUCAAUGGGAGCAAUGGCUCCGUGGUAUUAUUGGCACGGAGUUCCAUCCUAGCGGUACUUCGUCCAUGCUUCCUGAGGAGUUGGGUGGUGUUGUUGACCCCAACUUGCUUGUCUACGGUACCCAGAACCUCCGUGUAAUUGACGCUUCUGUCCCGCCGAUCCCUCUUUCGUGUCACUUGAUGUCAGUAACCUAUGGCGUUGCGGAAAUCGGAUCUGAGAUUGUAAAGAAAAACAAGAAGAACUAUGACGCAAAGACGCAGGGUGCGGGUGCAGGUGCGGGCACAGGCGGCAAGGCUUCUGGUUCUGGAAAGGGUAACAGUUCCAAAGGCUCUGCCAAAGGCAACUCUGCCGACGGCACUGGCAAGGGCGUGGUGAGCUCGAACAGCGCCAAGACCAGCAACGGUGCUACGUCUAAUAUGGGACGCGCUGUCGUUGCUCUGGUGCUGGCGUCCACAUUGGCCUCGAUGUCUGUACUUCUCUUGUGA